AUGUCUGGCCAGAGCCUGGACCGCGCGAUAGAGAUCGUGCAGCGCGCUAUCGACGAGGAUACCAAGCAGAACUACGCCGAGGCGUACAAGCAGUAUCAGAAUGCGCUCGACUUCUUUAUGCUCGCCCUCAAGUAUGAGAAGAACGACAAGUCGAAACAGUUGAUCAAGCAGAAGGUCACAGAGUACAUCGGCAGGGCCGAGGUGCUCAAGGAGCACCUGAAUAAUGCCAACGAGAAGCGUGCACGGAGCGCCGUCGGCGCGAAUGGGAUGGCGAAUGGCGGACCCGGUGGCAGUGGCACCAAGAAGGACGGCGAGGAGGGCGACGAUCACGACCCGGAAGUCAAGAAACUGCGUGCAGGACUCGCGAAUGCCAUCGUCGUCGACAAGCCGAACGUCAAGUGGGACGACGUCGCCGGCUUGGAGGUUGCGAAGGAGUCCUUGAAGGAAGCCGUCAUCCUGCCGAUCAAGUUCCCGCAUCUGUUCACCGGCAAGCGCACUCCAUGGCGAGGCAUCCUGCUCUACGGCCCACCCGGUACCGGAAAGAGUUAUCUGGCCAAGGCCGUGGCGACCGAGGCGAAGAGCACGUUCUUCAGCGUCAGCUCUAGCGAUCUGGUCAGCAAGUGGCAGGGAGACUCGGAACGGUUAGUCAAACAACUCUUCCAGAUGGCACGGGAGAAUAAACCGGCUAUCAUUUUCAUUGACGAAGUUGACUCGCUGGCCGGUACGCGAAACGAGAGCGAAUCGGAGGGCUCGAAGAGAAUCAAGACGGAGUUUUUGGUGCAGAUGAACGGCGUUGGACACGACGAUACCGGCGUGCUUGUACUAGGAGCUACCAAUAUCCCCUGGUCGUUGGAUCCCGCUAUCAAGCGACGAUUCGAGAAGCGUAUCUACAUCCCAUUGCCGGGUCUUGAAGCACGUAAGGCCAUGUUCGAAAUCCACGUCGGCUCGACACCCUGCGAACUCUCACAGAAAGACUAUCGGACAUUGGCUGCGAAAUCUGAGGGUUAUUCUGGUUCUGAUAUCGCCAUCGUUGUUCGCGACGCGCUCAUGCAACCCGUCCGUAAGGUCCUUUCCGCAACUCACUUCAAACGAGUGCCGUCAAAUGAAGACCCAAGCGUGACGAAGUGGACCCCUUGUUCGCCCGGUGAUGUCGAAGCCGUCGAGAAGAACUGGUCGACGGUGGAGAGUGACGAGUUGCAGGAGCCGCCAUUGCGAUUCGCUGACUUCUUGAAAUCGUUGGAAAGCGUACGACCGACUGUGACGGCGGAGGACAUCGUGAAGCACGAGGAGUGGACGAAGGAGAGUGGUGCGGAUGGCGCAUAA